AGUAUCUAGAAGGUUAUAUAGAACGGUUACAUUCACAUCUGUUAUUAACGAUUUAAAGCAUGGAACAUCUUACAAAUUCGGAGGAUGAGAAUUUUAACUUCAUAUAGAUUUGCUAGCGUAAUCUAAGAAAUAUGAUAACAGAAACUGAGGUGAUGUAUAAUCAGUGGCUAACAGUAUUAUAUGCCUAGGAUUAUUUCUGAAGAUGACGCAAGAACAACCGGCUAAAAGGCACUGCACAGCAAGUGUACGCAAAAGACUGUUACAGGCUACGAAAGAGCUCUGCGCAAAGAAACUCUCGGAACUUACUGAUGAUGAAAUACUGUCGUUUAUGAAGGCUAUAGGAUGGCCAAAAAAUAUAUCGUCAGCGUUGGAAUCUUUUGCUACGGAAGGAAACUUACUUAUGAGUAUAUUGAACAGAAUGUUAGUACAAAUGAAAAGAUGGAUGACAGUACGACCUGUGGAGUCUUCUGACAAUGCUGAUGCGAUCACAUUACCUAGAGCUACUGUAUUCCGGACAGUAGAAAUUAAAUUCAUAGCCUAUAUGGUAGCUCAUAUAUCCGAUAUAAACGCUUUACAUCCGCAUUCACACCUGUUAAUGAAAAUGUCAAUGUUCGACAGUAACGAGAAGAAGCAAACAACAUCGCAGCAGGUAACAGACAAAAUAUGCAUUGAAUCAUUGCAAAUACCGUCCGCGGAAAAUGUACUAGGAACUUAUAGAGAGUCUAUAGAAGCAGUAACAUACCUUUUAAGCGUGAUACACUACGGUAAUAAGCAUGAUGGAACCGUUCGUACCAGCAAUCGAUUAUAUGUAACAUUAAGUAUCAAUGAGGUAGCCCAGAGGCUAAUAGAAGAUAUCAAUGUAUACAUAAAAUGGAACGAGGUAUUUCAAGCUUUAAGAAUAACCCAGAUAAACAAGCCGGUCAUAAUACAAGUCAUACAUAUAACAAUCAGCCUGCUGGAACAUAUGACCAUAAUCGCUGAAAUACUGAAAUCGCAACUGGAAGAUGCCACAAACGCCAAGCAUGCAUAUAAUUGCGCAGCACAGAUGCUAUUCACACAUCUAAUGACAAUGCAAUCUGAACUUGAAGAUUACCGAACGCAUAGCACACUAGUGUUCAAACGCUACAGACUGUCUAACAAAGAAUGUAGCUUGGAAAAGGUAGAACAACGGAUCAAUAAUGCAGUAAUUACUCUACGAACGCUAGUUACAUUCCCUUUAACGAAAAAAUAUAUACCAGGGCUCAAACAAAUGCUAGAAUCCAAUGAAUAUGAAGACUUGAUGGAUAUGGAUCAACUGGGUAAUAUGGACCUAGACGACUCGUCAGUUACAUACAACCGAAGGUUCAUACUUAACAUAGUGCAAACUAUGCACAGAGCAGAGAGUGAUGCCGAUAUGACCCAAUGUCUAAGGGGGCUUGCAACAGAAAUACCCGAUAUAUUAGAAACGAUUAUGGAUGCAUUAAAGACGAACGAGCGUCUUGAAAGUGAUAUAUCCCACUAUGGAGCACUGCUUUAUGGAUUACUGGCACCCUUGAUAAUGAGAAUGGCACGGCGUUUACUGUCAACUGAUUUCACAGAUUACCAAAUAUUUCACCAAUGGGCAAUCGUAGCAGAAAGCGUGGACACUUUUUGCAAAUUGUUAAAUGUUACAAAUAAAAGACAUGUUCUGAUACACUCAGGGGAAAAGGCCGCUAUGGUGUCUAAUAUAAAUAACCAAGCUUUUGCAUUCGUAAUCGAUAUGCUAACACUCUGCUAUAAUAAAAUGUCCAAAAUAAAAAGACGUAGAGUUAUCAUGGAAGAUUAUGAAAAUGAUACUAGUGCAAUGAGAUUGGCUAUUAAAAGGGCCAUCCAAGAGAAUAAAUGCCUAGAAACUGUUACUAUUGUACAUGUUGUACCUAGGCUGUGGGACUCAAUGAUGCUACUGGUGGCGUUGAGUUUGGAAAAUGCAGAUAAAAACAUACAGCAAAUAUUAACACUGCUGUACCAGGAUUCAAUGCUCCACGAACCAGAGUACCAUGAAGCAAUAUUCAACAUGCUUAUAAAACCACAAGUGAAGUAUCCACAUAAAGCAUCAAGCAACGCACAAGUAUUCACAGCUAACCUAGUGUCGAUGUAUUCGGGAGCAAAUGAUAUCAAUGCUCUAAUAGACCACAUUGGAGAAUUUGUAGAAGCAAGAGGUAAUGAGUUAAAGCAUUUUGCAUUCAUAUCGCACCCACCAGCAAUACUGGCUUUCUACGCUAGUUCGCAAGAGUCUACCGCAUCGCAAAUACCAAUGGUAAUUGACCGCUUCACCGAAUGGCUCAAAAAAAAGAACGCUUUAAAAUACAUGGAGUACCCUCUAAUGGCAUAUCUCAGAGGGAUAGAACUUUCAGCGACCCUUGUUAACAAAGUGGAUCAUGCACUAGUACAAAUUAUGGAUCUUGUUAAAAUGGAAACCACACCCCAAGGAGUGCUUAUGGCUAUACAAUUGUUAAUCACCAUAAGGAAAAUAUUUGCAUGGUCAAACGAUGAUAACAUACAUACACGUUGGAAAGUACACGUGGAAACUAUUGUUAACUGCGCAAAACGACUAUGCGAUACCGUAGAAAAUGAUUGCUCUACAGCAAUAUGGACUGCACUAUUUUGGUUUGCGUACCACUUCAAGCUAAUAUCACGCGAUAACCCAAAUGAUUAUGCCCAAAUGGAGCCCGUAAUUGAAUCGAUUUUGGCUAAAUUAAAUGCAGUGGCGAAUGCCAACUUAGCGGAUAAUGAGUUUAUAGACACUGUAUGUGCAUUGGCAAUAUCAAACGCACAUGUAUUUGAGGAUUCCACUGCCUAUGUUGCAAUCAUUAAAUCAAUAUACCCAUCAUUGAUCACUGAGGAUAUUAGCGCAACGUUGCUUAACAGACUCGUGGGUACAAUAGAUAUACUAGCAAAGGAUCGUAACUUGUUUGAGCAAGUAUUGUCACCGGAGCUCUUAAAUAAACUAUUGAUGAACUGCAUAAACAUGGACAUGAAGUCCCAACUUAACGCCAUAAGCAUAGUUAAACUAGCUCUGGAGUAUGUUACUGCACUAUUUAGCCAUCAAGACAUGCAACACAUAAUGCAGUCGAUUGUAAACCUUGCAGAAAUGAAUGCCACACAAGAUGGUAUAAAAGAAAAUACUAACUUAAGUAUCGCUAUAUUGCAGCUCAUGAACUUCAUACUCAGGCGAGAAGAUCAACUAGGAGUGACGCACUGCAUAAACACGAUAAUUACAGACUGUCAGAAUGUGUUCAAAGAAUCGGAAUACAGCUCCAAGUUUAUUGCAAUGUUGAGUGCAGUUCUGCUGUCAGUGGAUGUCAGUGAAUCAUGUGAUCUUCCACUGACACUGGAAGUAAUCAAGGAGAUGGCUAAAAUAUGUGAUUUUAUAUUGACCAAACUACUAAGCGCACAGGAGUGUACAACAGAAGCUAAUAAACAAAAUAUCGCAAAAUUCAUAAAGACAAUUGGAUCAAGUGGUGAUCUGGAGAUCCAAUUAGCAAUAUUGCUUGCUGAGAUAAUAAAGAACAUGAGAGAGGAGAAACAGGAGUUAAAAGAACAAAUACUAGAUGCUGUGAAGCUAAAAGGCCACGUAACAGAGGCUAUAUCGGAAAUGGUAGAUACUAUAUCCGAAACGAAAACACCGGAUAAUGCAAAUGUGAUAUACAUUACCAGUGUAAUAUACUGCGCCGCUACUAGAGUUAAUAAGGAGUCAGAGCCACUAAAAGAUGUUGCCAAAGUGAAUGAAUAUCUACCAUGCACGAUGGAGUUGCCAUCAGAGAUUUUAUCACGCGUUUACGAAGCGCUGCUUGAAGUAGUAUAUCAAUUCGUAUUACACGCAAACGAAGACGAUAUACUAAAAAACACGAUUGACGCACUGUUUGUGCUCAUAGAAUUGCAACAGUGUUUAUGCGUCAAAAGACAAGGACUACAAGGAUUUCCAGGAGAACAUCUGGAGACAUUUAAAUCGCUUUGCGGAUGUGAUAUUGGGAAAAUGUCACAAAUAGUAGAAAUUAUACUGGAUAUCGCAGAACCGAUGGAAUUGUGGGAAAAUAUCGUAAAACGUUUGGAGUACCUAUACGAUAGUGCAGAAAAACAACCAGAAACAUAUAAAUGGAUGUCCAGAGCUGCUGUCCUUGAAGUCGUGAUGUUGUUUGUUGAUAGAAAUAAUCUCAAAACUAUAUAUGGACUCAAGAAAAAGGAAAGGAAAAACGUGCUUAAUGAACUAAAUAUGUUUAUUGUAAUGCACUUACAGCAUAUGGAAGUUCUUGCAAACGAUCACAAAAAGUGCGAAAAUGCAGAAGUCGCUUACUGGUUGGUUAUCAAUCUACUUACUAAUAUCGCAGUGUCAAUCAAAAUAGUUUCGUUCACCAGGUUCCAAGUCAAUAAAACUAUGCACAAUAUGUACUGCAAGAUGGUAGAACAUUUAAUUAAUCUUGGGAAUCUUGGAAUAAGGAUUAUGGCCUACUUCAAACGAGAAAGUUUUAACCAGCCUGCAUUCAAACAGGUUGCGUCAUGCGUAUACAUUAGUGUAUACAGCUGCAUACGCAUAGGGGAAGGUAUGGGUGAUGCACAAAUAGCGAAACUAGUCAGACCGUGGAUGAAACGCAUACAUAUGAUCACACAUACUAUAAACCAGUUUGUUGCACUACUGCACAAUCAUGAUGCCGACAUGUUUGCAUAUGUAGCGCGUUGGAUGGACGUCAUGGCACAUACGCAACUAGUGGAUGCUACACAAUGGUACAUUCCGCACAUCCUAUGCUUAAUAACACAAACGUGGUACAAAGUCAACAAGGCCAUGGCGAAUGAACAAGAACAUCAAUUGGAUGUUAUCAGAAGUAAUAAAUUACUAAAGUCAUGUGUGACAGAGUCCAUUGGAGCAUGUGAACAUCACGCUGCCAAAACACUUUUCCUCAUCCUGCCACCUGAUAUUAGAGCAUUCAUCAAGGAAAAUUCACGUAUAUUCAAUCGCACAGAAAGCUAACAACGUUAGAUCCACUGUAACAGUGACUUAAAUAUUGCAUUAAAAACAUACCUGAUG